AAAAUCAGCUGGACUAGUAUUCCAGCGUCUUCGUUGAUAUACGGUUUUGUAUUACGGUGAGUACGGUACUUGAAUGGAUGUACAUUUACGUACGUAAUUUUUAUCGAAGUGAACGAAUCGAAUAAUAAGAUUCCUUUUUUUGUGUGGAAUUUGUGUUUUUUCCAUCAUCCAUUGUCGGCAAAUUUUUUAUACCCAGAGGUAAAUUUCAACGUAAGAUGCGGUGCCAAGAAACGUGGUCGUAAAUCUACGCGAGCUGGUGAAAUAUCGUCGAUUUCGCGUUAACGUGUAAAGAACUGUUUAUAAGGUCGUCGAAUCGAUCAUUUUUUCUGUACCUUCGAUCUAGACCAACCACCGAAAACAACAACAACUCAUCGUCAAAAAUGCCGAGUGGAAGAGUAGCUGGAAAAGUUGGAGUGUACACCGGAAACAGAGGCAGUCAGUCGUAUAGCGGGCUGAACGAAGAAAUCAUAUGGAUCAGUAUCGCCAUGAGCAUUCUAAUCGGUAUCCUAAUACUGGUCGCACUCUGCUACUUGUUCCAUGAAAAGUGCAAAAAACGACGUGAAAUGUAUGUUAACACCUAAGUAAAAGAAAAAAAGCGGCCGGAAAAAUGGAGAAGGAGCAGCAAAAAGAAAAAAAACAACACUCGACCAAUUUAGAACACAACUUUCUUUUUAUUUGAUUAUUAGUUACCAUUUUUAGAAAAAAAAAAAAACUUUUUAGUUGGUUCUCUCAUCUUUUCUCUAUGUUCUAUAUCGUUCUAUCGUGACCCUGGUAAACUUAAACGUGAUUGUGAAUUUUAUGUUACCUUUUUCUUCCUCUUUUAAGCAACAUUUUUUUUUCUUUUUCUUUUCUUUUUCGUGUCUGAUUUGUUAACGAGCUGCUUCUCGUGUUCGGUUUGAUUUUGUAUUUUACUUACUCUUUUUUUUGUGCUACGAUAAGAAAUAAUUGACAACGAGUUAAGAAAUUUCUGAAAUAAAAUGAGAGGUAUUGGAUACACGAGGAUUGAUUUUGAAUUUCAAGUAAGUGUUUGGAUGCCUGACUGUUGUAGAAAAAUUUGUAUCAGGGGGGGGGGGGGAAUUAAAAGUUGAUAUAUUCACCAAAGUUGGCGACUGCGAUUACAUUUGGAUGUUUCAAUUUUAGAGGAGAAAACCCUGAUUGAUUGAUUUUUGUUCAAAAUUUACGAGUUUUGAUGUCACGUGGGGGAGCGAUUGAAAUUUUAAUUACUUACUCUCAUAACGAAUGAUCAAACUAUUAAAUUGAUUGCUUAUAAUUUUUUGAAAGUUUUUAGUUUCGAGGUCAUGCUGAGGAAGUGAGGGCUCAUGUAUUGCAAAAGUGGUAGGAGUUGAGAGUCCCGUGUUGUUUUAGACAUCAAGAAAUAAAUAAUUUCACUUUUUGCAAUGUGUUAUUUUUACAAUACAGUUGCCCAAAAGAUGGGGAAGAAUUCGAAGGUGACGAGUUGUGCCAAAAAUUGAAAUAUUUACGAAGAAAUGAAACUGAUACAGCAUUUGAACUAAAACCUAAACACUGUUAUUAUGCUCAAAUUCAAUUAGGACUGUAGCUCUCCAAUUUACUUUAUGCUGAAUUGAUCAUAUAUACAUGCAUAAAAGUAACAGUUUGAUAGAAAUGCCGGUAAUUUAUGACCCUGAUUAUUGUAAAAGAUUGAUUAUGAUCUUACAAAUGUUUAUUUUGAGUAGGUAUAUGCUUCCAUUUUUACGUGACAAUUUUAAUAGGUUAAUUUUAAGUAAUAAUGAAUCUUGAUUUUUAAAGUUUCCAAUGUAUUUAUUUCCAAAAAUUAAUCAUACCUAAUUUCAAUUUCAAAAGAACUCGAGUUUGGUCAUUUUAAUUGGUAGGUAAUUAUCCCGUAAAUCAGAAUUUUGGUAAAAAAAAACACUGAUAAAAAAUGUAAAUAAUACUUUUGUCCUAAACUGAAUAACCCACCAUAUUAAGGUGCCCGUUCCCAUUUGAAAGAUGUAUUUUAGGGCCUUCCAGUGGCAUGGCGCCUGAAAGUUGAUAUAAAGAAUGAAAAAAAACAAAAAAUAAAAAUCAAUAAAAGUGGAUGUGGGUGGGUGAGCAUUUUUCAACAAUUUUUUGUUAUGGGACUUUUUUUUCAAUAGAUCUAAUUUUUUAAUUUCGUUCUAAGAGAAAACCAUCGAGAAACAAGAUUGUUUUGAGGACAAACGGAGAGCAAAAGCAAAAAAACAUUUAAAUUGUUUUUAUUUCAUUGCUUUUUGGUUUUUUCAACUUGAUGAGAGCAAGAGGCCCUUGUACAGAAGGACCAGCAUUGUUCAGGGUGUCAGAAGAACUUUUUACAUGAAAUUGGGAUUAUUUAGAGAAAUUUUGAUGCAGAGAUUGGUUUUCAAAAAAAAACUCUGUCAUUUCAUUUUAAGAUUGUUUUUUUUCCUUCAGUUUCUUAGAAAACUUUUCAAAUUUUUGUUUCUUUUGAUUUUUUCCAGGGGGAGGGGGGGUGUCUUCAACUUCAGGGUUUUCACAGAUGAAUUAACAUGGCUUGGACGAUUGAAAAAGGCUCCAUCUUGAAAUGUGAGUUAUUUUAUUUAUUUGUAGAAGAAUUCUGACGCAGAAAUUCAUGAUUCAAAAAUAAAAGUUUCUGAAUUCUAUUAUUUUCUAGAGAGUGAGAGGGGGAGGGGUUUUUGGUACGACUCAAAUUAUAAUUAGGGGGAGGAGGGGAAUUGGAAUUUUCAGGUAUUUUUUCCUCGUAUAAACCGACAACUUGAGAGGAUGGGAGCAUUGGGAGCAAAACCUUUCAACAAAAAUCACUAAUACAUAAAAUAAUGGAUAGGUAAGUAUGGUGGAUUUCCAAAAAAAAAAAAAAAAUACUAUUUCAACUUUCAAAGUUUUAAAGUGAAAGAAUAAACUUUUGCAUAAAAAGUAUUGCUUGUAGGUAUGCAUCUCAAAAAACAAACGUUCAAGAGCUUUCGUCCUCAUUUAGGUGUCUGUUCUCUUUUCUUUUUCAAAAUUAAUGUCCUAAAAAUAAAUCUUUCAAUUCAAAAUUCAGAAAUUUUAAAAGCCCAAAAAUGAACUCCUUGCCUGAAAAACCAUCGUUUUUGAUUUUUCCAAAAUCAUCCUUGCUUUGCUCGGGCCUGACCUAUUUUUUUUCAAAAUCGACUUCUCAAAAAAAGAUCGUUUUUAGACCUUAAGAAAUCAAAUUUUCCAAAACUUUUGCCUAAUUUGUUUUUUGUUUUAAAAUUUUAAAGUUCACAUUUGGACCCCCAAAAAUCCAAAACAGAAAAUGAAAAUUUUUUUCAAAUCAUGAUAUCAAUUGGAAAAAUUGGUAUAUUUUUUCCCUGACUUAUAUCAGUGGGACAAAUUUUCAGUCAACCCCCCUCCCCUUCUCCUCUCCCAAACAAACCUCUGUGUAGUUUCGUCCCUGAGAAAUGGAACCAAAUCAUAUUUGUCUCGGGCUCGCAUUGACUCUCGAUGGGGCUGACUUCAACAACCCCCCCCCCCCCCCCAUUCACAAGUUGGAUAGAACUUCAUUCGACGUCUUCCAUUCAUUUAAUCGUCGCAAGACAAUUAGUUUAUAUUAUUUUUAGGGGAGGGGGGCUGGUCGCAUCAAAAUUUGGAAGUAAGAUAUGAAAUAUUAAGGUAAAGUACCAGUUGCGGAUCCCGUACCCAGUUAUGGAUCAUUGUUUUGUGGCGUUCCAAAUUGUGAAAAAUGAAAAUACGAAGUGAUAUCUUUUUCUGUAAUAUCCAUACAGCACAAGAACAACAAGUUCUACAAAAAUAGUUUUUUGGGCUCGGAAAAAAUAAUAAUUGAUAAUUGAGUGAAAAAUUUUGGGUAAAAAUUUUGAUAUGUAGUUUCAAAAACUCAAAAAAAAUAUAAAAUGUGCUGUUUUUUUUUCUGAAAAAGUGAUUUAAUGGGAAAUGAGCAGUGCCUUCUUUGAAAAUUUCAAUGCUUCAUGAGUGGAGAAUGUGAGUGAGCGAUUUGAUAGGCAUUUGUUCCAACACGAUCAAAUUUAUGAAUAAUUUGCCAAGUUUAUGUCAAUGCAUAUCAAACCCAGGCCCAGGCUAUAACUUAUCGUUUGAUGAUGUGCAAUGUUAAUCACUCACAUUUGAUUGGAAUUUCGUGAAUUUCUUUAUGAUCUGCAAGCGGUACUCACUUUUUUCAUUAAAUUUUUAGCUACUCAUCUCUCAAAUUCCGAAUAAAAGGCAAUAGGUAAGAAUAUAAAAAUCGGUGAAGCUAAAUGUAAAUUUGGACAUAACCUUGAGUUUGAAAAUUUUCAAAAAAAUUGCUAUUAAAAUGCAUCCUUGAUUUACAAAGGGCCCGCGCGCGCUUGUGGAUCGGAAAUUUUUGAUCCACAAUUGGUAGGUACUUUUUGGGUCUUAGAUUUUUUCCCUGUAACUUUUUAUCCGUGAAACAGUGACAUUUUUCCCAGUGAUACUUUGUUAUGGAAGCUACCUUCUAUCGAUGUAUGAGUAUAGUUUUACAAUUGGGUGAAAAAACCGUAACCGGGCCAGUUAUUUUAGAGGGUUGCGAAAACAGCCCUCCCCCCCUGACUCCAGUUUCCAAAAAAAAAAAAUUCCAAUACUUUGUGGAGAAGGGUUCCCUUUACAAGCACAGAUGGUAUUUGAAAAAUGUUGAAAUUUACACACUACAGAAUUUUCUAAAAAGGUGAUCCAAAACUGGUAGGUACUCUAAGGGCCAGUAGCACAAUGCAGGUUUAAACCAGAGUUAUAGGUUAACUCUGGUUUAACUAAAAUGCAGUGUAGCGCAAUGGACGAUCAAACUGUUUUCACAGUUUAAACCCGGUUUUACUCAACUCGACAAUUUUUGGAGGUUAACCUAGGAUUAACAAAUCAGUGCGUGUUCAUUGGUUGUUUCAAGUUGUGUGAUUACUGAUUAUUUUUUGCAAAUGGAAACCGAUAACUUCAAAUAAUACCAAAUUUCAACAAAGACGAAGUGUAAUUAUGUACUUACAUUGAAUGACAAAAAACAAGAAUGUUGUUGAGCGUAAAAUUUCGAAUCACAUCACCACCAUAAUGAAAAAUUUGAUGACCAUUGUUCAAAAUUGGACAUUUUACCUCAAACAAAUUAAUUUCCUGCAGCAAAAAAAUUAAAUCUAAUGAACUAAUCGUUCAAGAAUAUUUAUUUUUUUUAAUUUAUUCAAAAAUUUGAACUUUGUUUCCAAUUGUAAGAUAUUUCUAAUCAUUAAAAAAUUUAAUCCAAAAUCACUCAAAAACAUUGAUAUUAUUGAUAUCAUGGACAUAACUAACAAUAAUUGCGACAAAAUUUGGUUGAAUGACGCGUUAAUCGAAGGAUUAGUUAAUCUAAACCUGAACCAAUGUUGUGCAACACUACAGAAGUUGGACCUGGUUCAAGAUUUAAACUAAGUUCAGCUAAACCAAAAUUUAAACCUGCAUUGUGGCUCUAAGUACCUUAGUGCUACAGAAUUCUAUGGUAUAAAAAUUUGAGCCGAAUAAAAUUUCCAGUCGCACUAUUCAUCUCAUAUUUCUAUUCAUUCUACGACGAUGGCAAAUUUCAACUAUUUCAAGGUCAUUAGGGGGUGAGACGUGUCCAAUGGUGGAGAUAAGGGGUCUUAAUACGUAUCGUCUUGGUUAUCGAAAAUGUAGGGUUUCGACGAAGACGUUGAAUUCGAAUUCAACGAGCAUUUCAGCCUUACUCUUCAUCAGUUUUGGUUUUUUUCAUCUCUUUUGUCUCGAACGUGGUACCAUAUGUUGCGUGCUGCUGCGAAAGUCGUAGAAUUUUAUUCCUUUUACGCGCGUUUUUCGUGACGAUGGUGAUGAUGUAAAUCGACGAACCGAAGUAUAAUUUUUUCUCGCUGCUGUGGAAAGGUUGCCAUUUUCGACGCGGUUAUUGCAUUAGUCUCGGGAUCGGGAUGAAGCUUAUUACGGAGUACGGUUUUACGCCUUUUUAAAACGAAAUUAUGCGUUAAAUUGAAACCGAGUCGAGUAGACAGAGAAGCGAAGAAAACCAUACUACGUUGACGACGACGAUGAGAGGAAAAAUGGGAUGAGAGAAAGAGGGAAAAACAAAACGUCUAAUUUUCUGCCAGCAGUAGCCUGACUUAAGGGAUGUGUGAGGUAGAGGGAAAUAACGUGAACGUGUAGUCGAGUUGAAAAUGUAGAUAUAAAUAUACGUGAAAUAGAGGCUGUUGAGAGCUACGUCGUCGUCGACGAGUUGGUCACGCUCAAAAACCCUACUACGACAACGAUGGAGAUGGAAAUCGUUUCUAUCCUGUUGGAAAAUUGCGUUAGAUGUUUUUUCGUCGUCGACUUUGGUUGAUUCGAUGUCGAGUGGUUUAUCAGGUCGAGUUAAAAACUUGGACGGUUUCAGGGUACAUUCUCUUCGAGUUCGAUUAUAGGGUGAUGAUCCCCCUCCCCCUCCCCCCAUUUUUCGCCAGUCACCAUGCUCGUUUUCAUUUCUUUGGUGUUUGGGCUUUUCUGCGUCACUGAGUUAUGGUACGAUAAGUAUUUUCCAAGUUAUCGCAACUGCGACGAGGAUGAGGAUACGGAGUGAUUUUUCUCGUAUUUUUUUUUCUUCUUUUGGCGGAUAAAAGUUGUACGUUAAUUGAACGACGACUACGACGACGACGACGAAGCAAACUGUAUGCUAGGUUGAAAGUGAUUAAUGGAGGGUGUUUUUAUUUAUAAAUAAUUCGUCGUAGUAGUCGUAGUCGUCGUUGUAAAGAAAAAGUAGAGAAAAAAAAAUAUUAAAUAAAUAAAAAGUAAAACGUCAAAGCUCGAGUAUAAAAGUCGAGCUGAUGCGAUGACGUUAUCGAGAAAAGUUUUGCGAAGAGCGGUGUUAAAUGAAUAACCCGAUGCCAGUUUCGUUAUUUCCACCACUCUGUGUGACAUGGCCCUGUCCAUGUCCCUGUCUCGCUGCAGGGAGUGUAAAGUAUAGGAGUUAAUAUUACGUAUAAUGAAAUCGACGACGAGUUGAAAAGGGAUUAGUAUAUAGUACGAUGACGACGACGAAGGCGAACGCUAAUUGUCGCAUUGUUGGCUAAUUCACAAAAGUGCUUCCAGCUACUCGGCAGACGAGGAGGGCCAGCCGACAGUGGGGGAUGAAAUUUACGAAAGUUGAGCUGUAAUUUGCGCCCCUCCCUCCCAUCCUCAUUGCCCAACGUCAUCACUCUGUACCUACGUACAGAAUUCAUUGACGCGAUAACAUAGUAUGUAGUAGUGUGAAGUUUGAUAUACUUAUUAGGUUAGAGGUGGAGGUGAAGGUGGAGGUUGGUGACUGAAUGGAUUCGCUGUUUCCAUCUCUCUGUUUAAAGUUCAGACUUGAGUUUUGGUAUUGUAUACUCGUUGCCAUGACGAUCGCCGCGAUCUUUCGCCGUAUGCUGUAGAGUGACUGAUGACCACAUUGUUUAAAAUUUAAUUAACGUUCAAGCUAUCGAAAUUUCUGGUCAGAUGAACGGCCCUGCCUGGCUCAGCCUAGCUUGGCCAAAACGAAUUUCUUCUUCUUCUCCUCGAGAGUCAAGUUAUUUCUUUCGUAGCGUGUGUGGUUGUGUGUUUGCAGUUUUUUUCAUUUCAUUUCGUUUUUAAAUGUUUUCGUAAAUUGGGGGUUUUUUCGAUAUUUUUAUGGAGUUGGAAAUCCUCGAUUGAUUUUUGUUUUCUAUUAUGAUUUUGGCUUUUUUUAGGGUAUAGAUAUAAAUGUAAUUAAGAAUAUAAAUGUCGAUGUUUAUUACGUUGUAUUCGUUUUAUAUAAGAGUGUAUUUGUAUAAUAAUUUAUGAUUAUGGAGUUGUGUAACAGUGAAAUGAAUCGAAUCGCCCAUACCUGACAAGUGAAGCGUAACACGAGAUGUAUGGGGGUUGAUGUAGGUACUAGGUAGGUAGGUAGGUAGUUAAUUUAACGAUGAGGUGAAUUUUAUACUACCCGGGUCCCGGAUGCUGGGUGCUCGUGCAUAUAGUAUAGGUACCCUACCUACUCGUAUAACAACCUUGACUCGUUUUGGAAUAAGUUGAAGUUUAUAUAAAAGUACAUACUAUUAUUAUAUAGAGUAUAUUUUACGUGCUGUUGUUGUUCUCGUGGCACUUUAUUUAUUACGAAUAAAUGGAAUAUUGUGUGUUUUA